GCUUAUUUUAAUUUUCUUAUUCUCCUAUAUGCCAUCAACGCCAAGUACUUCUAUUGCUCCAUUAACUAGUCAAUAUAGCUAUCAAUAUAAUUAUUAUGGAUCUUAUGGCACAGGUCCCGGUGAUUCUCAACAUCGUCAAUUACACAGAAUUUGGGAAACGGAUGAAGAAGGGGAAUUAUUGGUUAAUAAAAAUGUUUCAAAUGAUCCUCCAACAACAACUAAUUUAUCAGAACAACAAUAUAUGUUUUUAGAUGUUUAUUUACCUAAUGGUUUGUUACUACCUAUACAAUGCCAAACACAUAGAACUAUUGCUUUGUUAAAACAAGAUGUGUUCUUUCAGGCUAGAAAGUAUCCUUUGGGCGCUUCUCUCUCAGAUAUUUCUAACUACAUUUUUAUGACUAUUGGUCUAGAUGGUGCACAUAUUCAGUUAUAUGAUGAACAAAAGCCAGUAUCAAGUCUUCAAAAUCUUUUCCUUCCUCUUUUGGUAUUGGCUGAACCAGAGGGGAACAAAAUGGAAAAAGAAUUAAAUCAACAAAUUGGCUAUAUAAUGGGCAUUACUUUAAUGGAACUUGAAAGGAAACUUGACAAAGAACUUCAAAACUUUCGAUUAAAAUUAUUCGAAACUUGUUUGGAGGCUGAACAGGAACGAGGGACCUACCAAUUUUUACAUUAUGCAUUCCCUGAGGGGCCACUUUUGCAACAACAAUUACAUCCUGGAGCUAAUUCUUCACAAUUUGGAACAAUUGAUCCAUCCGAUCACCCACUCGAAAUUGAGAGGAGAGCAUUGGAGAAAUUAAGACAAAAAAUGCAGUCAUCAGAUGCUUAUGUUGAGGUUUGGUAUGGAAUACCUUCAACCAAAAAUUCUUCAGAAACCCAAAAAGAAGUAGAUUUUGAAUAUUCUGUUCGGAUUCGUAAUAUUUUGGGGGCAACACCGGAGGAUGUUUUGAGAGCAGCAUUAAAUGAAUUUAGAACACAAUAUUCUUUGGAUAUUAGACAACCACAUACUGAAUUUAUAUUGCAAAUAGCUGGACAGCAAGUUUAUGUUACUAGACCGGAUGUUCCUUUAACACAAUUUGUCUAUAUUCGCUCAUGUUUUGAAAACUAUCGAAUUCCAAGACUAAUAAUCAGAGAGAAAAGGCUUGUGUUUAUGGACUACCCACCACCGCCCAAAAUCUUCGAGCCUUCCUAUGUCCGUCGUGAAGUGCAUAAUCAAUAUUUAACAAAUGAGGCUUUAGUAAACGGCACUUCGACAGUUUCUGACGGUACUUCUCAAACAUCUAGUGGAGACGCUAAACAAAAACAGAAAAAACUUUUUUGGGAUUUGGAUGAAAAUUUGAGUCGUGAUCAUUUAUUUGUACGUGUUGCUGUGGCUGUUGGUAGACAUGUCCUUGAUAUAAAAGAUUCAAUUACAGUGACAUCCUCAAAUCCACGAUGGGGGCAGGAGACAUUUAUCGACUUUGACAUUUAUCUGAAAGACUUACCAGAAUCAGCUCAACUCUGUUUUUCCUUAAUAUCAAUUCACAAUCCAAAUAGCUCCUCAUCAGAUAUUUCAAAGAUUAAUACAAAACAACAACAAAGGUCAGGAACUCCUACAUUAAACACGACUUCAACUUCAAUGAAUUGUGAAUUAAAUUCUUUGGGUUAUGCUAAUUUACAUAUUUUUGAUUGGCGAAGUCGCCUUAUUCAAGGAAAGCAAACAUUAUUUUUGCGUCCAUUUGAAAAGACUCGUUCUUCCAUUUCUUCCCCCCAAUUUGUCCACCUAGAUAAUGAAUAUGGUGAUGCUCUUUCAACAGUAACAUCGAGGACUCCACGUUUGGAGAUUGAAAUGCCGGAGUAUUUUGGCGGUUCUACAAUUAUUGAGUAUCCUCCAGAUUUGGUUAUUCAACGGUAUAUUCGUUGGUUAAAACAACACAGGAGAAAGAGAAAGUCUGAUGAAUUAAAUAACAAUGGAUCGAUUGAUAAAUAUAGUUCUGAAGAUGAUUUGGACGAUAGUGACGAUAAUGAUGAAACAGAUGAAGAUGUGGAAUAUGGUGAUGAAUAUGGAAUUAAUAAAUUAAGAAAAAUGACAUUGGCACAAAAGCCGUUAAUGACGCAAGGCGAUGAACUAGAACAUCUUCUUCGACUAGGCCGUUCAUUAGAUUCAACUUUACUUACCUCAACAGACCAACGCUUUCUUUGGCAUCGGCGCCGUCUUAUUUGUCAUCAUUUUCCGCAAAUGCUUCCUGUACUAGCUGAUUGCGCAAUUAUUUGGCGAACUCGUGAAAAUACUAGCGAAUUUUAUAGAUUGCUAGCUAAAUGGCCUCCACUUUAUGUAGAUACAGCAAUUGAAUUACUGGAUGGAAGAUAUGUUGAUAGACGAUUGCGAACUUUAGCAGUGAAACAUUUAGAUGAUGCUUUGGAUGAUGAUCAAUUGCAACUUUAUUUGUUGAUUUUGGUUCAAGCAAUUCGUUUUGAACAUCACGCUUUCUCUCCUUUGGUUAGAAUGUUGCUGCGUAGAGCACUUAUGGAUUAUCGUGUUGGACACACACUUUUUUGGUUGUUACGAGCCGAAUUAGCCCAUUUACUUGCUUUUGGAAAUGUUAAUCAACCAGCAACGAUUGGAUUAAAAAACUCAAUGGAAAGAAAUACUGGCCCACAACUUUCCCCGUUAUUUUUACGUUUUGCUCUAAUGUUUGAAGCUUAUUGCCGUGGGAAUAGUGCCCAUCUAGAUUCAAUGUGUAAACAAGUUGAGCUUAUCAGCACUUUAACUACUUUAAGUACUGGAAUAUGUGCAAAUAGUAAUCGAGAAGCUGCAAAUAAAAAGCUCCAAAUAGAAUUGAUGGCACGUAGAGAGCAAAUGCAGCAUAUGGUGUCUCCAGUAAAUGCUACUUAUCGAUUGGGAGAGUUAAUAAUUGAGGAAUGUCGAGUUCUUGGUAGUGCAAAACAACCUCUUUUCCUUACCUGGAGAAAUCCUGAAAUUUUGGCAAGAUUAACUUCCCCCACUCAUCAAUUGAUUUUUAAAUGUGGAGAUGAUAUGAGACAAGAUAUGCUUUCUUUGCAUGUAAUGCGCAUUAUGGAUGCAAAAUGGAAAAGUCAAUUACAACAAGAUUAUUGCAUGACAUUAUAUGAAAUUGGACUAAUACAUGUUGUCCCAGAUUGUCAAACUCUUUUUCAAAUUCAAUGUGAAACAAGAAAAACAGCAUCUCUAAAUAUGGAUAUUGCUCUUUUAAAUAAAUAUAUUUAUAAGAAGUGUUGUUCUAGGGACAGUAAAAAGUAUUUGGAAUGCGUAGAUCGCUUUACUAUGUCUCUUGCUGGUUAUUGUGUAGCUACUUACAUUCUUGGUAUUAAAGAUAGACAUCAAGACAAUAUAAUGCUUGCAAACGAUGGAAGGAUAUUUCACAUUGAUUUUGGACAUAUUUUGGGACAUACAAAAAGAAAAUUGGGAAUUAAUCGUGAGAGAACAGAUUUUGUUUUGACUGAUCAUUUUCUUUAUGUAAUUUCUCGAGGAAAAACAAACUUUAGACAAACAUAUGAAUACAAUAGGUUAGAAAUUUUUUCUUAA